UCCUUCAAGGUCGGAGGUCACUGUUUCCAUCUUUCGCGUCGGUAGUUUGUCUCCCUCUCCCUUCUUUUCUCAUUCUAUCUGUUCGCGGAUUUGAGCAUCAUCAUUUGUAAUUUUCCUUUUUUUGUUUUUGUUUUUCUUCAUUUCUACCUCUAGUACUGACUUAUUCUCUUUCUCCUUAUCUCUCGUUGUUCAUUCCCUUUUUUGUGUUUAAUAGUUAUCCUCUUUUUUCUUCUUCUUUGUUUCUUUAUUCCCCAUCCAACCUAACUCGCCGAUUUGAUCUUAAGGCGCCGAAAGAUUGAAACCAACUCAUCCAAGUUUAUAUCAUUUUUGAAAAAGUUAGUGAAGAAAAUAUGGGAAUCUCCAUUUUAUUGUCACUCUUGGUCAUUGUCAUCCUGUUCGGCCAAAGACACUGCAAGGCUUUCUUCUUACACGACGGAUGCCUCAUAAGUGAACACUACAGCACAAGGACAUUCGAAGACUCCAUUAGUUUCCUCAUGCUCUUCCCUCCCAAGGUUGAUUUCUUCCUGAGUAUCACCCAGGAUACGCCUACCUCCUACUUCUACCCGCCGAAAGAACACGAAGGGCCUCAGACGUGGACGCAGAUGGAUCUCCGCCUGAGCGACUCCAUCGAAAUGCGCUUUCAGAAUGGGACGGCGUGGAUGAGGGGAGCCAAUCCUGUAAAGGGUCGUCUUGUUAAAUCCGUGUCCAUCUCCUUUGGUCAUUUGGCACCGAACUGUCCACAGAAAAGACCUUUCUGGACGCUGCGGGAAAUGGCAGCGUCCUUGCAACGUGAUCUACGGGAUAAUCAAGACAUAACCUUUUCCCUGGUUUCAACUGCUGGGUCUUUGGUGUACCUAGAAAUAGGGAGAGAAGACUUGUUGUUGUGUUGGGAUACUAUAACUGACCAGCUUGUUGUGGGUUUUGUGAAGUCAGUGGAUAGAAGAUGCCAACCUUUACCUCCUCUCCAGACGAUAUGGCUGCGAGUCGAGUUCAGAGAGGGACUGAUUACGCUCAGCAGCCCCGACGACGCCGGUAGAAUCUUGAGAUCUUUCUCUCUGCGUUCAAAGACAGCUAGACUUUCCUUCAAGACCCAGAGAAUCACGGGAGAGGUGUAUGUGGUGGAACACGUCGAUGGUUAUCCAGAGCCUAGUCGUGUUCUUCCUUUGCAAAGAGAGGAAGCUGCAACUGUCCUGAAUGAAUCGUCGUGGGUGUGGGUGUGGGCGUUUGUCUCCAUCGUUUGCAUCCUUUCCCUGAUGCUGUUGGCGGCUGUUUGGUUAUCCUUCGUCUUUUAUUCACGCUGGCUGAAGGCAAAGCAGGUGUUGCUGUUGCUGCGGAAGGGAGGCGACGGCGCCGGGCGGGAGAGCCAGAGCGCUCCCGGCACCACCAAGGACAACCUCUACACCCCCCAGCCCGUGGUCCCCCCUCUGCCCCUGUCACUACUUGCUCCUCCUACCGUCGUCCCCGCCAGGUCACCGGAAGAUCAAUAUCUGACCCCGAGAAACUACAAAACACUGGACGAAGCCGAGCACGUUUACGAGGAGGUGGACGCAGUGGCGAAGUGGUCGUCCUCGAAGAAAGCACAAGGGACGGCAAACAAGGCUUUUGAAAAGGUUUUGCCGAAAGAGGGGAGUUGCGAUGGGAUUUCGUGAUGGAUGGUAGCUGUCUGUUAAAAAAAAAGAAAAAAAGACAUAUUGAAACUUUUUUGAACGGUUUACGUUAUACUUUCUCUGUAUAGCUUAAACUGUGUAGCUUAAACUGCUAGAAGAAUUAAGAGGAGAGGCCAGACUCGGUACGAAAUGAAAGGCUUAAGUGUCUGAACAAUUCCAAGCGGCUUUGGUGCUUUAGGACGUUAAAACCUACGUAGCAAUGCGACACACUGACUUUUCUCCUUAGGACAAUGAUUAUCCGAUGGGCACUUCAAUCGUGUUCCGGAUUAGUUAUGAACUCUAUGACAAUCUAUGACAGAACAUAAUUAUAGCUUCGCGUGUGGCACCUUUGUGUUUUUAUACAAAGCUACUAUUCUUCUUUGGUGCUAAGACAAAUAAAUGUUCUUGUGAUAGGUUCCAAAUACAUUAACUUUAUUAUAUCAGGAUUCGUGAAACUCUUUUGGUAACUCCAAAAAUCAGUCUUUGUGUGAGUUGACAUCUUUGUAACAACUUUUUGCUUGUUUCCAUUAUCUAAAUGUUAAAUAACGUAUUCGGUUAUUUACACACUCUAUAUCAUGCAUAUAUUAGAUUAUAACCUCCACAUUUUUUUUCCAUGUGCUGAUAAAAAUAUUCUGCAAUGUUGAUAAAAUAUUUCUUAGAAAGAGAUACACACUUUCUAGGGAUUUUUUAUACGGAUGUGUGGCGUUAUACACUGUAAAUUGUCAUUGACAUCUCUUCAUAAUCACAUCACUGGGCCAUACAUACUGAAUUACCCAAUACUGAUUUUCAUAUUUCUU